CAAGAACAUCUUCGAUCUUCAAAAUAACAGGUAAUGUCGAAGAGCAAGCCCAAGGCGUCAGAGCCACCUCCCCUUGUAAAGCGAGUACCCUCGGGCACUCCGCCUACCGCGCGCAAGACCAGCCAACCAAACCUCAGUGCCCCAUCCACUCCCAAGUUCUACGACGGUCCCACAACGCCGAGAUCCACAUCUAGCCAAAAUGUAAACCAAAAAGUUACUGUGGCUGCGAACAAGACCGCUGCGGUUGCAAAGACGCUGCCAAAAAGAACUGUAGCUACGGCAAAGAGAUACCCUUGGGGUUUUUUCUCACUUGUCAGCACUAUUCCUUUCCUCAUCAUCCUCUCGCUUGCCUCUACAGUCCUAUGUCCUCCUCCUGGCCCUCCAUCCGCUUUGAACAAAUUUGUUCUCUCUCCCCUCGGCUAUCCCGAACACCAGUCACAUCCGGUCCUCUGCUAUCCGGCCAAUGUUUAUCAUCGCGAGGUGCUCCAGCCUUACAUCUAUCCUAUCCUUGACGACUUACACACCAAGAUCACCACCUCUGCUCCUUAUAUCGACUAUGUUGAACCUGCUUCGCGUCAGGCCAAGCAAAUCGGCGUCAAGGCCUGGAACGGACCAAUCAAGCCUGUUGUCAAUCGAAUCCGCCGAGGUGUGAGGAGGUUUUAUCUCACCUUUAUCCAGCCUCACAUCCCUUAUUUCAGGGCCAAGUACCAUACGUUUGCCGACCCUUAUACUGCCCGCAUCUCUGCCUUUGCCUCGCCGUACGUAGCCAAAGCGAAUGUCUACGCCAACCAGACUAGAGACUACGUGACAAAGUUCUAUCAGUAUGCCGCGAGCCACCCAUUUACUGGGCAUGCUGGUAGAUACGCGCACAAGGGCUACACGAUCUCAUCCGAGAAAGGAAACCAGGCUUACCAGUGGAGCAAGCCCUAUGCCCUCCGAGCAAGUGUGGAGGCUAAGAGAAUUGCCACCCAGGUCCUCGGACCUAGGGCUGUCAGAGGCUUAGAGAUUGGAGCGCAGUACAUCAGCAAGACUUGGAAGCUUUUCAAAGCCCACGCCUGCGCCCAGUACCGAGUCUAUCUCGAGCCUCACGUCGGCCCUUACGUCGAACAGGCUUCCGCUUUCCUUGCUCCCUAUUACGCCCUCUACCACAAGCACAUCCACAUCUCUUACGUCCAGCCAGUGUAUCAGGCUGUCUUUCCCCAGACCCCUGAAAAGCCCAAGUCUCUGUUGAGCAUGUUGGCUGAUUGGCUGCCCGUGACCGGUUUGACUGCUGCGGAAUCCAGGGGUGGGAUGGAUGAUUAUUUUGGCGACGCUGAAAAGUCAAAGCGCGAAGAGACCAGGGAGAAGCUCAAGAUCGCGAAGGCUGAGACCAAGGCUGGGCCCAAGGGCAAGGCCAAGUCUGAACCCAAGAAGGUGAAGGAAGAAGUCAAAGAGAAACCUUUUGACCGUAAGGAGCUUGACCGCGCUGUUAAGGACCUGAAGGUCAAGAUUAACGAAGAGGGCAAGAAAGGUGAAGCUCAGGUGAAGGAAAAGAUCCAAGACCUCCAGAGGGAUGUGCUCAACCACAAGCUCCCCCAAUUUGCCACAAACAUGCGUUCCGAGAUUGAUCGGGAGAUUGAAUAUGUCCUCAAGGGUCUUGACAAGCUCUAUACCCAGUCCACCAGCUUGACCAGGGAUCAAGUCAAGAUGUCCAGCGGCACGUCUGACAAUAGGGUCAGGAAGACGGUGGAAAAGAUUCAGAAGAGGCUGGAUUUGUUGAAGGAGAGGGUUUAUGAUGAGAGGAAGCCUAUUGUAAAGGACCAAUCUGACAAGUUGGAUGCGAUUUUGGGUAAUGACUACCAAGCCUUGGCGGCCAAGAUGUCCUCUUCUGACAAAACCACUGUCAAGGACUGGGACAAGUACCACGAAGUCCGCAAAGUCGCCGACAGCUGGAAGGAAAAGUACGCCAAGAUCUCCGAAGAUCCCACUCUGGCCAAACCUUUCGCUGAACUUCGUCUCGAGCUUGAUGACAUUCACGAGGCUUUCCGAACUCGAAUCGGCAUACUUAAGAGGACUGCUUUUGACCGUAUCGAAGCCAGGGAAGCUGUUGAGGAUUCUAAGAAGGAAGAGAAGGAGAAGAAGGAGAAGAACAAGGAGAAGAAGCCUGAGCCUGGAAAGGUCAGCAUCCUCCCUGUGGUAGGCGAGGCUGGUGCUGCCGCUGCAGGUGUUGCGGGAGCCGCUGGUAUCAUCGGCAAGGGCAAGGAACAAGUGAUGAGUGCUUUAAGUGCUGCUUCGGGUGAAACUACGACCGCCGGUAUCGUCGAACAAGCUAAAUCUAGCGUCGACUCUAUCCUUUCUGUCGCUAGCUCAAAUGUCCACGAUGCCACUCGAACUAUCAUCAAGGCCGCUGGUGGUACCCCUACCCCCGAGUCUCCUAGAGAGCACGGCGAGAGCGUUUACAGCGCUGCUAAUGUUGCUGUCAACUCUGUCAUCUCUGCAGCCAGCUCGAGCCUUCACGAGGCGACCAAGUCAGUUUCCAAGGCUGUUGGCGCCACUCCUUCUCCUGAAUCUCCCAAGGAGCACAUUCAGAGCGUUUACUCUGCCGCUCAAGUGGGUCUUCAGUCUCUUGCUGGUGCCGCUUCUGCUGUUGUCCAUGACGCCACUAGAUCAGCUUCUCUCGCCAUCGGUGCCACUCCCACUCCCGAGUCUUUGGGUGAGACUGUCGAGUUUGUGAUUGCGGCCGCGAGCUCUGCUGCGCAUGAUGCCUCUCGAGUCGCUGUGAGCGCCGUCGGUGGUACACCCUCUCCCGAAUCUCCGGCCGAACACAUUGAGUCUGCAUAUCACGCCGCGACCGACUCUGCCGCUUCAGUUGCUUCUGUGAUCACCGAAUCCGCUGCUUCCGUCGCUACCGAUGCAUCCUCUUCUGUUCACUCUGCUACCCGGUCUGCUCUUAGCGCUGCUGGAGCUACGCCUUCCCCCGAGUAUGCAAAGGAGUAUCUUGAGUCUAUCGCUGGUGUCGUCAAGCAGGGUGUCGCGUCAAUUUAUGAUACUGCGGGUAGCAAUGUGCACGACGCGACUAGGAGUAUGGUUAAGGCUGCUGGAGGUACCCCUACCCCCGAGACGCCCGGGGAGUACGCCGAGUCUGUUUAUAAUGCUGCUAGCGAGGGUGUCAUCGAUGCUGCUGAGGCCGUGACUGAGCAAGCCUCCAGGCUUGCUACCCAGAUACAAGAAGUUCUUGGUGCCGUCUCAACCCAAGAGCCUCUGGCUUCUUCUGCAUCUAGCUACCUCUCAUCCCUCGUUUCUGUUGGCUCUUCCACCGCCGCCGAGGCUCUCUCAACUGGAUCCUCCAUCCUCUCGUCUUUGCAAAAAGAAGCUUCCUCCUCCAUCCACUCUGCUACCCGCUCAGCGUCCUCUAUUCUUGGAGCUACACCUACCCCGGAGACUGCUGGAGAGUAUGUUGAAGAUGUUAAGGCCCGGGCAGCAAGUGCGCGACAGGCAGCGGAGAGUUUGGUGAGGAAGCAUGCGGAGCAGAUCAAGAGGGAUUUGGAGAGGGACGGAAAAAAGGUGGAGGAUUAUUCGCAUGGCCAUGGGCAUAAAAGAGGGAAGGAGACCAAGGAUGAGUUGUAG